AUUUCUAGACGGGAGAAACGAGAGUUGCGCUACUUUUUAAUCCGUUGCAUCUGCCUAAAUGCACUUUCAUAAAGAAAAAUACUUUACAAAAGUCGAUGAAUCAGACUCUCAUCUUUACUUCGGUCUGAUUAUUUUUGUAACUAUUGCCGCGGAUUAGCAGCCAUACGGGCUUAAAAGUACAGAGACAAGAAAGGGGUUACCCCGAAUACGCAAGAUGAGAAGAGGGAUCUCCUCGGCUCCGGACAAAGUGAUUUUAGCGGGGGUUGGGGGCUCUCCUCUGGACAAUAAUAUAAUUUUAACAACUCUUUCGGAUCGUUUAAACCCUGGACAAUCCAACGCUACGUAUAUCCAAAUAAUAACCACCUCACCGCCUUGCAACGUUACACAGACAUCAAAUGUGUGUUUAUCCGAGCCUCAGAUAAACAACAUUUACACAACUCCACAACAAGCUGCAGCAAACGGAGCAGGACAACGACCGGCUCUGGGAAGACCGCCGGCAAAAAGGCGAUUGGCGCUUGAUGAUUCAGAUCACCAGUACCAGUCAGAACCAGCCAAAACUCCAAGAGGCAGAGGAGCGGCAGCAGCUACCAAUGGGGCACGGCUAAAGACACCCAGAACGCCCAAAUCUCCACCAGAGAAGACGCGGUAUGACACCUCCCUGGGUCUCCUAACAAAAAAGUUUGUGGACCUUCUCGCUCAGUCCUCUGAUGGCGUUUUGGACCUCAACCUUGCUGCUGAAACCUUACAGGUACAGAAAAGGCGGCUGUAUGAUAUAACUAAUGUACUAGAAGGCAUCCACCUCAUCAAGAAGAAGUCAAAGAACAACAUUCAGUGGAUGGGCUGUAGUCUGUUAGAGGUAGAGGGAGCAUUGAGCCAGAGACAAAGACUGGCAGCGGAAGUUUCUGCGCUGGGAGAAGAGGAGCAGAGGCUUGAACAACUUAUCCAGAGAUGCAGCCUGGAUAUGAGAUACAUGAGCGAGUUGCCAAGCAACCAGAAAUAUGCCUAUGUGACAUACCAAGACAUCAAACAGCUGGGAAACCUCAGAGACCAGACUGUUAUAGUCGUCAAAGCGCCCACAGACACCAAACUAGAAGUGCCAGACCCCGAUGAGAGUUUGUCCAUCCAUCUGACCAGCACCAAAGGUCCCAUAGAAGUCCUGCUGUGCCCAGAUGAGGAGAAUGACCCCAGGAGUCCUGUAAAAAAUGGAAACACAGAUAUCAACGGGAACUCUCCUUUCCUCAAAGUCCUUCAAGAUCCCAGCUGCACGACCGCCUCUCCCAGCCCCGCAGUGGCUCCACCUUCCUCCUCCUCCUCAGCUGUCUCCGUUACUACUCUCUCCCCCAUUUCGUCCCCUUUCACCAGUCUUCUCCAGCAGACGGACGACCAGAUCCCUUCGUCCUUGGGGCCUUUCUUAAACCUCGGGCCUCCUCUUCUGGAAGAUGACUACCUUUUAGGUUUGGGAGAUGACCAGGGAAUCAGCGAUUUGUUUGAGGCCUAUGACUUUGAUAAAAUGCCCUCCAGCCUGGAUGACCUCCUGUGCAGCUAGCAUUAGCUAACAGAAAUUCUGAUUAAACGCAUGGGAGAGAGAUGGAGAAUCAGUGAGGGGUUUUGAUGCCCAUGACUGUCUGUGUAUUUAGUAGAAGCCAAUUUUAAAUAGAUGGAGGGGAAACAUUGAGGGCUUUUUUUCAGUCCCAGUGGGACUAAAUGCCAUGUUCUUACAUGGUGUGAGAAUUGAAUGGCCUUGAAUGAUUCACAUAAAGACACGACUGGUCAAUGUGCAGACAUAUCCAUUACUCCUUGUCUCAGGCUAUGGAAGGCCUUCAGUGUAGCUGAGUAUUGGGGGAACAUCUGAAAGCCUUUGCUGUCUGUUUGGUUAAGUAUAACGGUGAGGGGAAGGAUAUCCACCUCUUUGAAUCAGGCUAAGGUCACAUCACCGUACAGAGAACAGCUCGAAAAUACCCCCACAUCACAUGGCAUUAACACACAUCCUGGGUGGUUGGGUUUAGCAUAAAAUUAAAGUGUAAACGCAACUGAGCUGCACAGAUAUGAUCAACAGAAACCAUCGGUAGAAAGCUCAAGAGCAGGGAAGAGGAACAUUGUUUACUGUUAAAUCUUGAAGGAUGCUGAAAAUAUGAAGAUUUAACAUGCCUGAAAAUCUGUGUUUUGGCAAAGAGAGAAUAAGUUCAUCUCUGUUCCCAGUGAUGCACUUCCUUGUCAGUUGUCCAAAUUCAUCCAGCUAAUCCAUUCUGAGACAUAUCCACAACUGUAAGAUGUGUUAAUGCCAAGUGUUUUGGGGGCAGAGGAGAUCCUGAAGAAUUCUUAAUGGUUGCAUUCUAUUACACCAGUCAUCUGUGAUUGAAUGCCCAUACUGCUGACUGUUAAGUAGACAUUUUUCUGUGAUCAAAUGUAGAGCAUUUUAGAAAUUAAAGUAAAUAUAAAACACAGGGGAAUUUUGGUGCACACCAUCCAUGGCAGUUACAGUUGGGUUAGGUAGGCUGAGACUUUGGUCGCCUAUCUUGUGCCUGUGCCUGCUCAGACACCUGUCAGGUUAUCUAUUGUAUAUUUGGGCUUCUAAUUAUGAAAUUACAAGAGUAUGAGUAUUUUGUACAUUUAAGCACUAUUGAGAUGUAUUGAGAGUGGCAUGAAUGACUGCUUUUGGUGUGCCCCCGAGUUGAUUUAAAGCAAACUGCAAAAUGACAAUUGAAAAUAAUAGGAGUGUGUACUCUGAAUGCUCUUAGGCAUACAGUCUUUUUUGCCUGUCCACCUGAUCUGUCUGUCAUCUACUGAUCAAUUGGGCAACCUCAUAUUUUGUACAGUGCAAUGACAAAUGCAAAAAAUGCUCAAAAGUUAUGUCUAACCUUACAUAACCCAGAAAUUUGUGUUUUGUUGCUAACAGAACCCAGAAAAGCCAUCACUCCUGGGUAAUGUGGGGUUAAGCAAAAACACCUGAUGUACCUGUAUGAAUCUGGCCUGUUAGGACAUAAGAUGUGCAAACUUGAAAAUAAUCUCCUACUCUUAUUGAUCCUCUGUGAAUUCAGGACUGAAACUCCCUCUUUCUUGCUGCUUUUCACCUCUCCCUUCCAUUGUCGUCAGCAGAAGCUGCCAUAACAAAACUUCCCAUAAUGCCUCCUCAGUUAGACUGUGUGCUGUGAAAUUAUACUGUGGUUUGAGCUUAUCAGAAAAAUAUGACUUUGAACCACUUAAUGCACGCUGCCUACUCAGUGUGUACUGAAAGCAGUGUAGGAGACAGGAUAGGUGAGUAUUAGGCUUUUUAGGUUUAAUAAAUGUUGAAUUUUAAUGGAUUUUAAUACUGUAGAAUAACUAAUGAUAUCAUGGUCACCUAAGCAACAAAGAACCAGAUAGCCACUAAUUGAGGCUGCAGCAUGUAAUGAAGGGCUUAUUUUCUGCCAUAACAGAAUAUUGAAAAAAAAAAAAAAAAGAAUAAAAAAAAAAAAAGAAACUUUUGUAAGUUAAGCAAAUUCAGUGCAACCGAGUCUUGGUGUCGUGUUGUCUAGGGCCACUGAAUCUUAAAACAGUGGUUAAUCAAGAAAAGCUUGAGGACUUGGUGAUCUAAGCUGUAGGGAUGUGAAUUUGAAACACUAUUGCUAUUCAUUUGUAAUAGGUUCUUGUGUUUGAUUACGUCCCUGAUAAUAACAGAAAGCAAACAUCUUGUCUGAAACCCUAGCUUUUAAACUAGAAAACCUGCGGCUGCAGGAAAUAUUGCUGCUGCUAGUGUUAACUUCUCCCCGACCUGAUUGAUAUGCGCUUGAGUAAUUGCGUGUGCAGCAUGUGUGAGUUAAUGUCAAAGAUCAAGCUUGCUAAAGAGUAAGCCUGCCAUGUGUAAAUUGAUGUACAGUUUUCUAAAUUUUUCAGUGCACAAGGUACUGUAGGCUACCUCUCACUUAAUGUUUGACAAUAGUAAUAGGGCGUAGAGGUAAAUGCCAUAGUGUGUAUGGGUCUUUGAAUUCCCCUUUGUCAUAGAAAUUACCCUUACAUUAUUUAGAUGUGAUAUUGAAUAUUACAUCGCACUUGUGUCUUUUGAGGUGAGCGAGAUUCCACUCAGUCCCAGUGUCAUGUUGUCACAUGUUAAAUUUGAAUACUGGGGUGCACAUUUGAUGGACAGUUAAACGGACAAAUGUAUUGCAAUAUUUUUUCGAAUUUGUCUUUUUUUUUUCCAUAAGUUAUUUAGUUUUUUGUCAGUGUUUUUGUUAAAUGCAGAGCAUCUCUUAAACCCAAAAACUAGUACACAUUCAAAGUUAGCUUAUCAUAAUUUUUCUGGUCAUUAGGAGACUACCUGCAUGUCUGCGUAUGCCACUGAACCUCCAUCAGUGACUUGGUUGUCCUCUGCUGAAGUGUGUAGGGAGCUUUGCUUCUGUGACACUGUGUGUCCGUUUUAGUUUUGGAAUGAUGUGAGGGAGUCAUUGACACUUUUUUGCAUUUCUGCUACUUUCACUUUCACAGAGAGUUUUGAAUCCUGUUAAAAUGGUAUUUUCACUUCAUAAAUUAAAAACGCUAUUAUUAACCUGACCCUCACCUAUUCAGUUGAGGAGAAAAAUACUGAUACAGUUUCUGAGUCAGCAGAACUUAACUUAAUUGCGCCACUAAUUGAAUGAAAUUUGACAAACGCACAGAAAUGCUCUGAUUCACAAAACACAAUUUCCCUAUAGGCAUAUUUAUAUCAUUGUAUUUUAUAUGUAUUUAUGGAAAGGUCAAGCUCAAUUUUUUUCCCAAUUUGAUUCUCUAACUAGUUGUGCUAUUUUCUAAGUCCAUUUACAUAGGUAAUUACAUUUUCCUCCAUCUAUUAUAAGCGACCAGAAUCUGGUCACAAUAUUUUAUCCACUUUUAUGUGAUGGAAACAUGAAUUUUGGAAAGAUUGUACCUUUCCAUCAGUUUCUAAUGGAAUGUUAAAGAUUGUAAUGCACUGCUAAUGCUAGUUAGCCAGUGAGACUGUAAAUGUAUUAUGGGUGACUCUUAAAAUUACAGCUCCUUCAUUUCUGAUGUGUGAUUCUGAUGUGUGAUUAGACCUUGCAGAAAGUUAUCAUUAGGCUAAAUGUGGUGUUAACUAUAGUCAAGAUUGAAACAGCACUGUUUUCCUGCUAUUUUCCUAUGGUUAUUCUUAAGCUGUUACCAAAUACAAUAUAUUGAUCCGUAAAUAUUCUGUAAUGGUUAUGUGAAAAGUUAACUAUUUGAUUGGAUCGAAUUGACUGUACAAGUAUGAUAUUGAUGCCUGUUUCCAUUAAUUACAGAGAAAAAAAAAGCUGUAAUAUCACAUUACCUUCUUUUUGCAAUUUGAACUCAUGGUUGAAAGUAUCUGUGUGCUGUUGAAUGUUAAAGGUAAACUAAUUCGAUGUUUUUGAUGUGUGUUACUCAGUUAUAUACUGUUUCUUUAACAUCUGUUAAAUGAGGAAUUUGAGUUGUAUUUGUUUGGUGGGUGGGGGGUGGGC